CUAAACCGUUUGAGGCAUUCGAUGCAAACAAAUGCUAGACAAUCAGGCGAUCGUCUCUCCAACUUCUCCUCAUCCUCCAAACCAUUUGAUUUGAUUCCUCCCUAUCGCCAUUACUCCUGCAUCCUGCAGGUCUCAUGGUCUUGGUGGAGCUGAACCCCCCGUACCUCCCUUUUCUCUUCGUGCACUGUUCGCACCACACCACCUAGCCCACUGAGUUCCAUGGGCCGGAACGCUGUCUGUCUCCUGAUUUAUUGAAGCUAGCCCUCCGGCCAUCUCCACAUUCGCCUCUCACACUCCAAUGAGUCUGACAAACCCGCCCUCAUCAUCCGGCCCGUUAACUGCUGCUUCAUCCAGGCCCACUGCGGCCACCGUCAGCCAGAGUCUGUCUCUGAAAAAGAACCUGCAGGCCGCUGUUGAUGGUAAUACCAGUUAUUAUAAUCUUCUAUUAUAAUCCUUAUCCUUUUGUUUUCUAAGAAAAAAACCUUAUUUUGAGACACUUUCCCUUCCUCUUUGUUCGACCGGUUUGUUUCUUUUUCUUUAUGAUUUUAUUUUCUUAGGGUUGUCCCGUCGCGAUGUGCCCUGGCUGAGUGAAAGAUAUUCUUGUCUCCUUGCUCUUAUGAACACCUAUAAUAUUACUACUAUAUAAAACGCUCGCAAAGAGGACGAUCAGCCUCAACCAGGAUCUUCUUAGCGUUUUUCUUUCAUCAUGUUUGGAAGGAAUUUCCCGUUUUUCAACUCUAUCGGCGGGUUUUAUCCACGUGAGCAACUAGACUCGAGAAAGUCGUCUGGAACUGGAUAUACCAGCAAAGUCCGUGUUCGCGACAAAUAUCACAUUGUGGGAUUCAUCAGCAGCGGCACGUACGGACGGGUCUACAAAGCCCUUGGCAAAAAUGGCCAAAAGGGCGAAUUUGCGAUUAAAAAGUUUAAACCGGAUAAAGAGGGUGAGAUCAUCCAGUACACCGGCCUCUCCCAGUCUGCGAUUCGGGAGAUGGCCCUGUGCUCCGAGCUAGAUCACGCCAAUGUUGUGCAGCUAGAAGAAAUUAUUUUAGAGGACAAGUGCAUCUUCAUGGUCUUUGAGUAUACAGAACAUGAUCUACUUCAAAUUAUCCAUCAUCAUACUCAACCGCACAGACAUGCUAUUCCGGCCCCAAUGGUCAGGUCGAUCCUGUUUCAGCUUCUCAAUGGCUUACUCUACCUACAUACAAACUGGGUGUUACAUCGGGAUCUGAAACCAGCCAACAUUUUGGUUACGUCAGGUGGCGCCAUCCGUAUUGGGGAUUUGGGUCUAGCUCGUCUGUUUUACAAGCCCCUCAACUCUCUCUUCUCAGGCGAUAAAGUCGUGGUGACUAUAUGGUAUCGUGCCCCAGAAUUGCUAAUGGGUAGUCGUCACUACACUCCAGCCGUUGACCUCUGGGCCGUUGGAUGUAUCUUCGCAGAACUCCUCUCUCUUCGCCCUAUCUUCAAAGGCGAGGAGGCCAAGAUGGACAGCAAGAAAACAGUACCCUUUCAACGAAACCAAAUGAUGAAGAUCAUCGAAAUCAUGGGCCUCCCCACCAAAGACACCUGGCCGGGUAUAGUAUCGAUGCCCGAAUAUUCUCAACUUCAGUCAUUAGCUAUGUCACGCGCUCCAGGCCAUUUCCCUCGCUCCUCGAAUCUGGAAGGUUGGUAUCAAAGCUGCUUAAAAAAUGGCGGGUAUGCUACCUCGUCCAAUGCCGGGACUCCCGGUGCCGAUGGAUACGAUUUGUUGUCGAGACUGCUGGAGUAUGAUCCUACCAAGAGGAUAACUGCGCAAGAAGCCCUGGAGCACCCGUACUUUAAGAAUGGUGGUCCUAUUUCUGCCAACUGUUUCGAGGGCUUUGAGGGGAAAUAUCCUCACCGUCGUGUCACUCAGGACGAUAAUGAUAUCCGGUCUGGAAGCCUACCUGGCACCAAGCGAAGUGGGUUGCCGGAUGAUAGUUUGAUGGGACGCGCCUCAAAACGGCUCAAAGAAUAAAAAAAAUAAUAGUUUUCGAUAUCUUGAGAGGCUAUUCAUAGCGUUGCAGCGAUGUCAUUUACGAGCUCCUCGAUCUGCAUAUACACCUAUUACAUCCUUUGGCAUUUUGCAAUUAGCGUUGGAGGGUUUUUUGUUGGAAUGACAGUGAAUUUAGCAUAUUUAGAGCAAAUAAGAAGACAUAUAUGGAUCAUUCAGUGAAGAGUUAUUAAUCGUUUCAGCGUCAUUUUAGGUAUCAAUGGAUAUGCCGAGUGUUAGAUGAUUAGUACACAUUCAAGAUUCAUUCCCACAUUUGCGCCCCAGAUACCCAUCCGCCCAAACCCAUUGCCCUAUGUCAAAAUAAGAUGAGAUGAAAUAAAGAAAUUACAAUAAAUGACUCUAGGAAAACAUCGC